UUAAGCUUAAAACAACAUGAGUAUCGAGCUCAUUAGCAAAGUGAAAUAUUGAUCCCAAUAUUCACAAAGUACACUUGAAGCAUUCUAACUAUUAAUAUAUGUAGAUUUUGCAGUUAAAGUUGUGCACAAGGCUGCAGAGGUUUGCAGGACAGGAAGAUGGAAGGAAAGGAGAGGGGGGGGAGGACGUCAGCUUGAAGAGUGUGAACCACAGACACUGCAAAUAAGUGAUGAAGACUCAGUCAAUGUGCACAGAUCGACACAAGGCUCGGUUAUGAAGACAGAGGUAUGAAGUUAAAGUAAAGGAUUGUAAAGCUGUACUUCAGCAGCUGAAAGUGUUCCCAUCAUGAGAGCGAACAUCUGCUGGAUCAUCCUGCAUGUGUGCAUCUGGGCAGGGCUGCUUCUCACCUUAAACGCUGACGACGAAUGUCUCAUUGAAACUAGAGUACUCCGAAAUACAUCUUAUAAAGCUGUCGCUGGAGAAUAUCUUGAGAUUAAAUGUGAAGUUGUCUUCUGUGAAAAAGCCCAACCAACGGUCAACUGGUUUAAACGUGAGAAAACAGAUGUCCCUUUCACCGUCAGCAGCAGCAGUCACAUUCAAACGGAGUGGGAAUUUAUAGACAUAUUAGAAGGGAGAUCAUUUCUGAUCUUUCACAAAAUACGUCUAACUGACUCUGGUGGGUAUCAGUGUCAAAGUGGAGGCAGUAACAGUCAUAACAUCAAUGUCUUCGUCAAUGUUGAUGAUGGACGUGGGCGUACCACUGUUCCACAGAAAAAUGAGAGUAGCACAAAUUCUGAACCCACAGUGAAUUCUGAACCCACAGUGAAUUCAUGGACGUACAUGUACUUUGCUGCUGGGAUCGUGCCGUUCAUCAUCAUAGCCAUAAUCAUAUCUGUAGUAUUGAUGUGUCGGUGUCAAGGCGAAUCAAAGAACGAGACGCAAACUGAAAUCUAGUACAUUGCAAUCCCAGCCGAGAAACCCAUACCACAUGGCAGCCUCCAGCCCUCGCCAAGAAGAAUUUAAUCUGUGCCACCAUCUCAAAGACCUUUGUGGACAAAAAUAACCUACAAAACAUGCAAAUGACCUUCAUUAUUGUUUUGUUUUUAUAUACUUAAUUUGUUAUGUCUUGUAAAUUGCACUGUUGAGGAAAAUGCGAUCUAAGUGUUCAUACUUUACAUAAUUACACCGUAGUUGUGUAUAUGUUAUGUCAAUACACCUUUGAAUCUCUUGAAGUAUGUGCUUUAAAACCACCAAAUCUGAAAAACCAAUUCACUUCAAGUAUUUGUAACUUGUAACUUAUAUCUGAUUUAUUCACAGUUUUACUGAUUUGUGUUAACCAUUGCUUGGCUUUAUUAUCAUAUUUUGUAUUUUUAUGGUAAAUAAAUUACAUCUCUUCCUAAUGA